UAACUAAUGUGGAGAGUGACUAAGCAGAAAAGAAAGAAAAGAAGGCAAGUAGUCAAGGGUUUGGAGAAGUAUUAAUGGCAAAGAUUGUGCGGUUGCAGAGGCAGAUGCUUAUAUUCAAGUAGCUGUUCCUGUAUAGGUGCAAUAAAGGAGGAGGGUGAGAGUGUAGUGUUAAAGAAAUUGGUAGGUGUAUCAAAUUUAUGAUGCUUGAGAUAUACAUUUCCAUUUCUACUUCUCUCUUCUCUUGAAUCUUCAAUUUCAGUAGUGUCACUGUUAGAUAUAAAUCCCAUGCAGGCAAUCAUGAUAUUGAAUUUGGGAUUGUGUGCUCCGUUUAAUUGUCCUGCACCCACCUCCCCUUAAGUGUUCUUCCACAUUAUUUGUGUGUAUCAGUGAGAGAGAGAGAGAGAGUAGGGUUUGUCAAGAAUUUAUUAGAAGUCAUUUUCUUGAUUUCUUUCUUGUUGGGCUGUUUUGGGUCUUCAAGAGGUGUAUCUGGCUACUGGUUACUCUUUUUCUUUCCUAAUAAUGGUGGGGUUGUAAAUUGAAACGCUAUUUUUCAUUCUUGGCACUGAAUGAAAUGGGCAGAAUGAAAGGGUUUUCAUCCUCUAUUUUGCCUCUUCUUGUGCCAUUAAUCCUUCUAAUUUUCUGCGAAGAAUCUUCCGCCCAAUAUUCGACUUUGAAUUACACAAAAUAUAGAGAAGUUAGUAGCUUGAGACUUGCUAGGAUUCAGAAGCAUUUGGACAAGAUUAACAAGCCUCCUGUCUUCACUAUUCAAAGCCCAGAUGGAGAUUUCAUUGAUUGUGUUCAUAAAAGAAAACAACCAGCUUUGGAUCACCCUCUUCUCAAGAAUCACAGGAUCCAGAGAGUUCCACCAGAAUUGCCAAAGAUGAUAAAAACAGAUGCAGUGAGGGAGAGAAAUAGCAGUGAAAGUGAGAGAUUGAGAGGUGGAAUUGCUUGGCAAAUGUGGCAUCAAAAAGGGCAGAGAUGUCCAAAAGGUACUGUCCCUAUUAGGCGAAGCACAGUGCAUGAUGUUCUUAGGGCUAAAUCAUUGUAUGACUUUGGCAAGAAACGAAGCAAAAUACCGCUUGCUAGAAAGGUUGAUGCACCUGAUGUUCAGACUGGCAAUGGCCAUGAGCAUGCGAUAGCAUACACGACAUCGUCACAAGAGAUGUACGGGGCAAAAGCGACGAUUAACGUAUGGAAUCCAUCAAUCGAGGUGGUGAAUGAGUUCAGCCUCUCCCAAAUAUGGGUUCUAUCUGGAUCAUUUGAUGGGUCGGAUCUCAACAGCAUUGAAGCUGGUUGGCAGGUUAGUCCGGAGCUCUAUGGUGACAGUAGGCCAAGAUUAUUUACUUAUUGGACGAGUGAUGCAUAUCAAGCAACAGGAUGCUACAACCUUCUAUGCUCCGGAUUCGUGCAAACGAACAGUCGCGUUGCCAUCGGAGCUGCCAUUCACCCGGUGUCAUUGCUAAAUGGAAAUCAAUACGACAUCACCAUACUCAUAUGGAAGGAUCCAAAAUUGGGAAAUUGGUGGAUGGGCUUCGGCGACAAUACUUUAGUGGGCUAUUGGCCCACCGAGCUCUUCACGCACCUAGCGGACCGGGCCACCAUGGUCGAGUGGGGCGGGGAGAUAGUUAAUUCUCGGCCCAAUAAUGAACAUACGUCAACCCAAAUGGGCUCGGGCCAUUUUGCCGAAGAUGGGUUUGGGAAAGCUAGCUAUAUUCGGAACCUCGAGAUUGUGGACUCGGACAACAGCCUGAGCUCGGCCCAAGAUAUAUCAACCUUGGCUGAGAAUACAAAUUGCUACAAUAUCCAGAGCUCCUCCAACAGCCUAUGGGGGACGCAUUUUUACUAUGGUGGGCCUGGGAAAAGCCCAAAGUGUCCAUGAAAAAAAAAAAAAGAAAAAAAAAACUUCGACUGUCAAAUUAUUCCUUUAUAAUUCUCAAAAAUGUAGAAUUAUGCUAUUUCCAACCAUGUUUCUGCUAGUUCCACAGUGUCUCAAAGUUUUGUCUAGUAGGUGAGAAAUGAAUGUUUGUAUUAAUAAGAUCAAAAGCAUCAAACAGGGUGGGGAAAUAGCAAUAUUUGAAAUGUAUAUUACUAGUCCAUAAUAUAUUUUUGUUUGCAUUUAUUAGUUAAGCAAUUGAGAA